AUGGGGAGUGUGUGGUUCAAAUGGCAAAACCCUCAAGACCAGCUUCUGAUCUUGCAAACUAGAUACGACAGGGUAUUUAAGACGGCUGGUUGGUGGAAUGAAGAUGAGGAAACAAAAUGCAUAUUGGGAGAUAGAGAUGAGAAAACAGGAGGAACAUUGUUGGGUUGUUCUAAGAAAGGCCGAGUUGCAUUUCUUGUCGAUGUAACAUCUUUUACCAAUGCCGGAGCGGAGUUGCUUACUGUUAAGUUCUUGAAGGGCAAAAUGACUCCAAAAGAGUUUGCAAGGGAGAUUGCUGAGGACAAAAACCUGUCUUUGGGACUUACUUUUUACUUAGUUGUGGCUGACAUACAUUCGAAAUCAAUGGUUUACAUCUCUAAAAACUCUCCAAAUAAGGAAAUCGACGAGAUCAAUUAUGAUGUUGGUCCUGGUUUUUAUUCCAUUACCUCAGCCGGAAUCAAUAAUCUCACAUCCCCUGAGAAUAAACGCCUGGAAGACGAGUUCAGUGAAAUACUUAGUGAAUGUGAAAACAGAGAAUUACCGAUGAAGGUUUUUGUUGACAAGUUGGUGAGUGAUGAUACUAGUCAUGACAAGGGUCAAGACGGAUACUACAAUGGAAUAACAAUGUUGGUGGUGAAACCCACUGGAAAAGCAAAUUUGUAUGAGAGAUACUUGGAGAAUCACAAGUUCAGUUUCGACAUCGAGAAGCUAGAGUGA